AUGAACCCGCCAACCUUUGCCGAAAAGGAAGAGAUCGCGAACAGGUUUCUUAGUGACGAAGCUGCGAGCUACCCGGAACGGUAUUACGAAAUGCUGUUGACAGGAUCACCCGAUGAUUUCGUGGCAUACCCUGCCGAGUCGGGACAUCUGAGUCAUGGAGAGAAAGUAUCAUUCUUCGAAAAGCUUAUCAGCAACGCAUCACAGAACAAAAGGGAGUUCGGCUUUCUUCUCGCAGCCAAUUCUGCUGCCAGAUCGUGGGACUCCGCAAUACGACAGUUGCUGCAGGUGUCACUGAUGAUUGACUGCGAGCCCUGGCGGAAGUUCUCAAGUCAUAAAGCUGGCGAUUACGUGCCUCGAGAAUGGAUGGGUGGGCAGUCAUUCGCUGACUUUGUUGAGCGCUGUUUCCCUUCGUCUGCUCAAAACCAAAAAGUCCGCGAAGAGUCCCAGAGUGCACUGGCACAGCGGGAUAGGUUGCAUGCUUGGGACUUAGAGGAGUGGUACAAGAUAAGCCUGCAUACGACCGACGACCUGGCCAAACACCUCGUAUUCGAACCAGAAGAUCGUGUUCUUCACGUCUUCCGGCACGUUGGCUUCCUGAAAGCGCAUCUCUAUCGCUCGCGUGACCAUUCGAUUGAUAGCAGUUUCAAGGAAAGUCUGGAGAGGUAG